AUGGCAGAUCCAUUUGGGAUUAUUGGCGUUAUCGGCGUCGUAGGCCAAGUCGUCAAUGCCGGAGUCAAGCUAGGAGUAGAUUGGAAAGAAGCGCCGAGCGACGUACGGAGCUUCAUGGGUGAACUCGAGGUACUGAAAACAGUCUUGUCCGAGACUCACAUGAACAUCAUCCUAAACCAGGAUUUCAAAGACGCUUUCGAAGGGCGGCAAUCCACGGUACUUUCGCAUCUUGCCGACGGAAAUUCGUCAUCGAACCCCAGCGCUCGGGGUCUCCUUUCCACUUGCAGCGACGAGCUUGGAGACCUGCUGAAGAAGCUGCACAAGCAGAGCGAGGGCCAUUGUCUCGGCUGGCAAAGACUGAAAGGGGCGUUCCAGAGUGAACGAGCCCACACUGCUGUGGACGACCUUCAACGACGAUGUCGACUGCUCAACAGUAUGGUGGCUAUUGACAACGUCGCAAUGACAGCAGCCACCUUGGAACAUGUCAAAUGCACGAGGGAUGAGAUGCGGGCGCAGCGGAUAGACGAGAACAGGGCCAGGAUUUUAGAAUGGAUCACCCCGAUUGACUAUUCUGCACAACAAAGCGACAACCUGGAACGGAGGUGCGAUGGUACCGGGCAGUGGCUCAUAGACUCUGCUGAAUUCAGGACGUGGGUCCAGACUGACAAGAGCAUUUUGUUUUGCCCCGGCUUGCCAGGUGCUGGCAAAACAAUCUUGACCUCUGUCGUGAUUGACUAUUUACAUACGAGCCUAUCCGAUGAUCCAACAAUCGGGGUGGCCUACCUCUUUUGUAAUUUUCGACGGCAACACGAACAGACUAUGAAGGAUAUCCUGGCCAGCCUUCUCAAGCAGCUGUGUCAUGCUCUACCCGCACUUCCGGUUGAAGUACAAAGCCUCUACGAAGCCCAAAGGAGAACAAACGCGCGGCCAUCGACACUCGAACUAAUCGAAUUGAUCCGAAUCGUGGCAGCCUCACUCACAAAGACCUUUAUCCUCAUUGACGCUCUGGAUGAGAUUGAGCACCAAGCCGGCGAUGCCCUGUUGGAAACCAUCGCGGGCUUCCAGAAGCCAUCAAACAUCAGUCUCUUUGCCACUUCCAGACUCAUCCCGAGUAUCACGCAGCGAUUCGAAAAUGAACCGACUCUCGAGAUCAGAGCCACGGAUGCAGACGUGGCGAGAUACUUGGAUGGUGCCCUGGGACUGCUGCCAGCGUUUGUGAUGAAAAAUGCAGAAUUACAAACACAAAUCAAGACAAAGAUUGUUGAGAGCGUUCAUGGGAUGUCGCCAAAAGCCGUCAAAGCUGCUUUGCAAAAACUCGCAACCGGCUCUAGCGCGUACGACACCGCUUACGAUGAAGCCUUUGAAAGGAUCGAAGGCCAACUAGAGGACCAGGCAAUUCUCGCCAAGGAUGCACUGUCCUGGAUUGUCUGUUCAAGAAGGCCGCUCAGUGUGGUCGAGCUACAGGAAGCUCUUGCUGUGGAGCGAGGCGCCGCCAAACUCGAUCCGGAAAACCGCCCCGAGAUGGAAGAUGUAGUUUCUGCUUGCGCCGGGUUGCUCACAAUCGACGAACACAGUCGUGUAGUGCGACUCGUCCAUUACACUACGCAGGAGUAUUUCCAGAGAAACAAGACCCGGCGGCUUCCUGAAGCAGACAGUCUGGUAACGACGACGUGUAUUACCUACCUCAUGUUCCAGGCUUUCGGCGAGGGUCCUUGCGGAAAUUGGAAGCAAUUUCAUCGUCGUCUCGAGGAUCACCUUCUUUACGACUACGCCGCGCGGAACUGGGGUUACCACGUUCAAGAAUCAUCUCUCUUCGGAGGCAAUGUUCUAGCCUUUCUGGAGAGUCGAGAAAAGUUGGACGCCUCGUUCCAGGUACUCAUCACAAUCGAGAACUCGUUUGGUAUACCUGAACGACCAUACGUUCCGCCUCUGGGCUAUUCUGGCCUCCAUGUAGCUGCUUACUUUGGAAUCAGAGAAGCCUUCAAGGUUGUUUCGAAUGGAACCUAUUCAAACAAGAGCAACUCUCUCCAGGGCCAGGCACACUACAAUCCCGACAACAGGACACUCGACAUCAACGCUCAAGAUGAAACAGGCCAGACGCCGUUGUUUAUUGCUGUCUCAAGGAACUUUGGCGAUUUGAUAAGAGAUCUUAUUGAAUCUUAUUCUGCAGACAUCUGCAAGGAUAAGGAUGGGCGAACAAUAUUAUCUUUUGCCGCCCAAAGGGGACACUUUGAGAUUGUAAAGUAUCUUAUCGAGAGCUGUAAAAGCCAUUUCGACAUCAACGAAACCGACAUAAAAGGCCAAACCCCUCUAAUCCUCGCAUUAAACCAUGGCAACGAGGAAAUUGCAAACUUCUUGCUUGAGGUAGAUGGAAUCAAUCCCAACCUCAAAGACCAAAACGGGAGAACGGCCUUAUUCUUUGCCGCAGCUUAUGGGCACGAGUCUACUGUCAAGCGCCUUCAUGAAACAGGCAUAAUUGAUGCCAACGUCAAGGAUAGCAACGGUCGAAGUGCGUUUUCUUAUGCAGCAGGAUAUGGCGCCUUUCACGACCGCAAGAAUUCUCUGAGGGAAGACAUAAUCAGCGUCAGAACAGGUUGCAUGGACAGACCAGAAGGUUGGCCAGGGCAUCAAACAAUGCUGACGUCUUCCAUCUACCGACUCAUAGCCAUACGUUCAAAUAUAGAAGCUCUCAGAGAGCUACACAAGGCAGGCGCUGAUACCAACUCACAAUGUGUCCACGGACGCACGCCCUUGUCGUACGCAUGCGGUGCCGGCGGUUCGGCAACGAUAGUAAGAUACCUAUUGGAGCUGGAUGACAUUGAAGUUGACGCCAGGGACAACGGAGGCCUAACCCCCUUGGCGUACGCAGCGAACAAGUCGGACAGUGAGAUUGUUCUCUGUUUACUCCGGACCGGCAAGGUUGACGUGAAUUCGAGGGAUGUAUUCGGACGACCGAUUGUGGCUCAAAUAUGGUGUCCCAUCUUUGAUGACGAAAACGUGGGAGGCGCAAAAGCAACAAAAAAAAUCGGUGCGGCGAUGGAAACAAACAUGCUGUUGAUCGGGGUAGGGGGAGCUGAUCCGAAUUUGCGCGACAGAUUUGGGCAAACGCUGCUUUGGAAAGCCAUCUUUUGGAACGUUGCGAUACUGGCUGAAUACCUGGUCGAGACGGGUCUCAUCGAUGGGAGGUUGAAUUUAUGUGAUGACAAGGGCCGCUCGCCGAUGGAUCUGAUGGCUGAAACCCCGGCCCAACACAGGCGGGAGAUUUCCCCGGCGCUCGUGGAAUUGUACGAUAGGUUGCAAGGCCUGAAGCCUAGGAGUUGUUGA